AUGUCAGCAAAGGACGACCUGAAUGCGCUUGGCAAAGUCUGUGACACUUACCACAGAGAGUUCGAGGCUAAGAAGUUUAAGGUGGUUGACAGAGAUUCCAUCAUUACUAAUCUGAAGGAUGAGAAUGCCACUGCCUGGGCCAAGGGCUACUUCGUCUUUCAGAAGCAGUCCAUGAAGAAGUACCCUACCCUGGACUUCAAUUUCGAGCCUUUCCUUGGAGAAGAAGAGGGAUCUUCAUCUAAGGAGGGAGGAACCAACGAAGAGGAAGUUGGAGCCAUGGGUGGGGUGAUUCCUAACCUCAUUCGGCUAGUGGUUGCUUCAGCCGAGGGCUUUGCGAUGCAUGUUAUCAGUAGAGUGAAUGAGAUCAUUCUAUUCUUUAAUCUCCUUCAAAAGAUUUUGAUGAUGAUGUUCCUGACAAGGAAGAUCAUCCAAGGCUAG